GAAUAGCCGGUGGUUAACUGCUUCUCUUUUCAUUAUCUCGAUCAGUGACAGAAGCCGACGCCGUGGGUUGCGCUUCUGCAAAGCGAUGCUUUUGUGCUGCUGUGUGUCCCUCGGGUAGUCUCUUGAGAAGCCUCGCCGCACUGUGAGGAGCACGGAGAGGCAGGAGCAAAAAGGUGUCAAGAUGAAGGACCAGAACUGUAGCGAGGAGAUAACGAAUAUUCUCCAGGAGGCUCCAUCAGCGAGGAAGGCUCUGAUCGACAACUACAGUAACCUACUCAAGGUGGCCGACUACUGCGAAAGCAACUACCUCCAGGUUGACGACCCCAGGAAGGCUCUAGAGGAGACCAAGGCCCUCACCACGCAGUCCCUGGCCAGCGUGGCUUAUCAGAUCAACACCCUGGCCAGCAGUGUGCUCAAGCUGCUGGAUGCACAGACCAGUCAGCUGCAGCAGAUGGAGUCCUCUGUCAACCUUAUUGCCCAGACGGUGGACAUGCACCGUGAGAAAGUGGCGCGAAGAGAGAUCGGCGCGUUCACAGCAGUGAAGAGGGUACCCCGCAACCACAAGAUCAUUCCGCCAGUGGCCAGCCAGGAACCCAAACCGAAAUACUCUCGCACCCCUAUCACCUACUCAGCCCUAGACACCCUGGGGCAUGGCAUGAAGGAAUCUGGGAAGCAGACGGGAAAACCCGAGCCUGCGACUCACAAACCAAGCAUGCGGGAGGCAGGUGGCACUCUGAGUCGAAGCAAACGCCCCACGGAACCUGUGCCCUGUCCCACCGCUCCCUCAAUGUCUCGAGGACCGUCCCUCUCCUCGCUCAAUGACCGCUCUGUGGGGUCCAGCUUUGGCAAAGCGGUGGCGCCCCCAGUGGUGCCCAGCUGGACGGUGCCCGAUAUCGCCUCAACCCUGAUGGAGGAGAGCCCGCCUCCCCCGCCUCCACCGUCAACGGAAACUGACAUGCCCCCUCCACCGCCUCCCCCGCCAAUCUCUGUGGACAUCCCUCCGCCCCCUCCUCCGCCCCCCACAGCCAGCACCCCGGCACCCCCCAGUCUGGCUUCUGUCCCCCCUCCUCCCCCAGCACCCCCCCUGGAAACCGUGGCGGAGGAAAAUGGAUUCCCGCCCCCGAUAUCAGAUGCUGCCUUACCUCCUCCAGUCAGCGACGGCUUCGAACUUCCAGCCCCACCCCCUCUCCCAAGUGAUGGGUUUACAGCAGGCACGGCUCUGCGCUCCAAACGCUCUCGGGGGCUGCGCCACCCCCCCAGCUCGCGCUCGGGGUCCCUCAGGGCCCGUCUGGGGCCCUCCACGCGCUCCCUGCACACUCUGUCCCUCUGCCUCCCCUCGUCCCACUCACUCAUGAUUCCCCCACCCCCUCCAUACCCCCCACCUCUAGCCCCCCUGGCUACGCUGAGCCCUCUGUCCAGCCUCCCUGCCCGCCUGCAGCACCUGGACCUAGAGUUCCAUGCCCCACCCCCUCCACCGGAUGUCAUGGGAGGCUUUGACGACAUCAUGCCGCCCCUCCCUCCUCCGGUGGAUUAUGACCCUGCUGCCCCUCCUAACUAUCUGGAGAAAGUGGUCGCAUUGUACAGCUACAAUGCUGAAAAACCCGGAGACCUGGCCUUCAAGGUGGGUGAUGUCAUCUACGUCACCCAAAGGAAUGAGAGCGGCUGGUGCGAGGGCGUGCUGAAUGGGGUAGAGGGCUACUUCCCAGGGAACUACGUGGAGUCCAUCAGCUAACCGCUCCUGAACCGAGAGGUGCUAACUGGACCCAGAGGUCUACGGUCAACGACCCCGUCCCCCACCGACCCAAACUCACCUUUGUUCACAGCACAACACAUCUCUUCUCAAACUAUCAAGGGCCUCCCUCAGGCUUUGGGAGAACUUUUGUCCCCAUUGUGUCCUGUCCUGUUCAAAUAGCUUCCAUGAAAGGGUCUAAACCAAUAGCUUUUAAGCAGCAUGCCUCACAUAUGCCUGCAGAUGCCAGUUGUGAAUAAUAUAUAAUGGCAGCUGCUUUCCCAGGUAGAUAAGCAGCUAGUUUAUGCCUGUGGCAGACUUCCUUUCCAAAAAGGGACUGGUUAAAUAAUCAAGACUCAAGGUGAACUGAAAUCCAGAAACAGAGACUAUGACGGCCGAGAGUUACAAUAUGUUCACCUUGUCUACAACAUUCCAGCUGUUCACCUGUGAGACUCACAAAGUCCUGCUCUGUGUCUGGCUAUAUCUCAGCAUCACUAUUAUUACAGUGUCAGUUGGAGAAAACAUCCUGAACACGGCUAUCGUACUUGGCAAAUAGUUGCUUAUAUUACUUCUGAAAGCAGUAUUCAUUGUUAAUUUGUCUUACCUAUAGCAUACUUAUCUAUAAUAUUACAUAGUAAAGGGCCAUUCGUUGAGAAAUCAUCAGCAGUUCCGCAUCCAGUAAUAAUUUUGUGUUCAUAUCUAACUGGAGUGUGAAUGAAGCCCUCUGAAAAAAAGUCAAAAAGUGUUUGAAUAGGCAACCCAGGGAAAACGUUUGGUUGGAUGCACCAAGUACAACAAGUACAACAACAAGUAAGCAGCCCUUUCUGGGGAGAUUUAUGAAUGCUUUAGCCCAACCAACUACUUUCUCUGUGUAUGGUUUUCUCACAGAGGAUUGAAAUGCCCCUGAAGGCUGCUGCUACAGUGAGACCUAUUGUUUUGAUUCAGUUUUUGCUUCAUAUGCCUGAGGUGUGAAUGGAGAACGAGUGCAAUGCCCUGUUACUGUGUAAGGGCACGUAUGCGAGGCCCUCCAACUAACAUACGCCUUUAUCAGAUAGCACAUAAAUUAUGUCAGGUGUAACAACAAGUACUUAGUGUGAUUCCUUUUUUUUUCAAAUCAGAUCUGCUGUAUUUUACUUUUAUUUCAUUUUGAUUUACUAACAAUACAUCUGUGAAUUCAAACGAGAUAA